CUAAUUCACUGUGGAUUCUGCUGUUUAUUCAUACUAUUUGUACAUGUAGCGGCGGGAAAUUUUUUUCUUAUCUGGUAACUUCAUUUUUUUCCGCUCUCCGAUAAAUUUUUUUCAGGCGAACGCACAGUUUUGUUCAAGCGUAUUUUCUAAAACAUUGUUUAAGUUGGAGUAUUCGAAUUAUUUGCUGUAAAACCCGGGAAAGCGUAAAAAAAUUACCUUGGCAUACUACGGUAGCUCUUGCGCCGUACAUCAAAGGCAACUGCACGAACAUGAAUUGCUUACAUUCCUGGCGCUGCACUCAAAGGGGUCGUCGUAUAUCUUAGUGCUUCAAUCGGAAAUUAGCUGCUUGCUAUUGUAGCCGGUCAUUAAAGAUACUAGGUUUGUUGUCAUUGUACGCCAUGGUCUUAUCGCCAUUUCAUUGAACGCUUGGUCGUAAGAGUAAUAUAUGAACUAUAUCUGCAGCUGUUUGCUGCUCGUUGAAAAUGAACGAUACGGUACCUCAUAAUGAAGAACUCGCUCACACAAAUCUUCUGCCGAGCAGAAGCGAAUCUGACGAACUCAGUGAUUGCAGCAGCGAACAAGACAGCAGGUUAUCUGGCACUAUAGAGAAUAGUGAAACCACUAACUCGGAUCAGAUUUUAGAAAACGAAGGCAGCCGACCAGAGUGUGAGAAAAAUAUAGAUGGCGAUAACGAAAAGAAGAAACAUCGCCAAUCUCCUUUACAAAAGAAACAAAAGGCCAGUUCUACAAAUUCUAACAAGUUUCGAAACAAUAAUUACCUUCCUCGAGGACGAUAUUCAACCCAACCCAACCAAUAUACCAGAUAUCAACAACCUUCUUGGCCAAUCAGCUAUCCUUAUCAACAUGCAAACUAUUUUCAUUCGUUUCAACCUUCAUAUCAUCAAAUCAACAACCCUCUAUUGCUCAAUGGCGUUUCGAAUAGCAAUCGUAGACUUAGCAGCGACAGCUCAACUGGCUCAACAGAGAAAUUGAGUAAAACUAAUUUGUACAUACGUGGAUUAAAUGCUUCCACAACUGACGAAGAUUUAGUGAAUUUAUGUAGAGAGUAUGGAACAAUAAUAUCGACAAAAUCUAUUUUGCAUAAGGAUUCUAACAUGUGUUAUGGGUUUGUUGAUUUUGAUCACCCGCAAUCUGCCCAAACAGCGGUAGCUGCAUUAACGGCAAAUGGAAUCCCGCAGAUGGCUAAGCAACAAGAGCAGGAUCCAACAAAUCUUUAUUUUCAAAAUUUACCCACUAUUGUUGAUGAAACUACACUUGAGAGCAUGCUUAAACCCUACGGUAUAGUUAUAUCGACUAGAAUACUACGAGAUACAAGUUCAUGCAGUAAGGGCGUUGGCUUUGCAAGAAUGGAAACAAAAGAAAUAUGUGAAAACAUUAUUAAAAAACUGAAUGGAACUUUUAUUAAAGGGUCUACAGAACCCUUGCUUGUAAAAUUUGCUGAUGGCGGUCCAAAAAAAACCAAGCAGUCAACAGACAGACUUUGGCGUGGUGCUUUAAAAGAGCCUCAUAACAUGGCAUUCGACAUUUCGCCUUUAAAUGGACGAAUGAAUAUGGCUGUUGCAACAAAUGUUUCCUCAUCUCAUUCAUCUUUAACACCGGGUAGUUACCCUCAAGGCACAUCACCUGGCUUACCUACAGGAUAUCAACAGUAUGCUACUUGGCAAGGCAUUUCUAAUCCAACAUAUCUUCCUCUUCAGACACAAGUUGCUGCAGGUCAAAUUCCUUUAAGUCCAACUGGAACUCUUGAUCAGGGAAUGCACGCUAGCAAUCUACAGCAAAUAACAAACCAGUUUCAUCAUAUGCAUGUCUCUGGAAAUCCAUAUAUAAGUGCCAUGCAUGGUGGAUAUCCUUCUCAACAACCGUGGCAUCAUAUUAUGCAAAAUCCCCAAUCUCAUCACAUGAUUCAAAUGCCAUUCAAUGAGGAGCUCGCUUUAACUAAUGAUGGCAGCGAAUCUACACUUCACGGACAGCCUGUUCAAGCUGUUUCUUCUGGGCAGUCUUCGAUCCACGUUCAACCUAAUAAUCUUGGACAGUUAGAUCCAACUGUCUUAGACGAUCAGAGAGCUUCCAAUUAUCCUGCUACAAUGGUUACAUACCAAAGGUCUUGAUGAAAGACAUGAUGGUAUUAAAACCUCUUGGAGUGGCUUUGAAUACGUUUGAUAUCAUUUCACGAGCACCCAGGCUGCAAAAUUUGCAUGCCGAGAUUAAAGUCUCCCAUUAUGGCGGCCAUGUCACCUAAAAUGAUGUUUAAAUAUUUCAAUGGACACAGUUGCAUGGCAGAACUGAAGUGGUUUUACUGAGAUUGUGGUUUUUGAUAACUUAUUGUAGCUAAUUUAAUAUCGAAGCAAUUUUGAAAGACAAAUCGUUACGAUUUUAACCUCGGGAAAUCAUGGUAAUGUAAAUUAUUCGAUAGUCUUACUUCUUUAAUGAAGAACUUUUCAAAGAAAAUUAAUUAAGGUUUUUUUACAUGUUGAAUGUUUUAUGUCGGCCCAUGCAGAAUACAUCAAUGAGUGAAAUUUCAUCCCCCGAGAGACACAAUUUAAAUUGACAUCAUAAAUAUCACUCAAAAAGUAAGUUUUCAUAACUUAUUGUAAGUGCUAAAUGAAUGAAUCCCAGUCAGCUUAUAAAAGGUCAAUUGCUAUUGCUCUGUUUUGACACGAUGCUUUGGAAUUCAUCAAACUUCUGUACAUCGUGUAAUGAGCAACUAAUAAUGUUGCUCAACGUUGAAUGAAAUUAAACAACUGUUUAAUGCUAAUUCAGAAAUUUAGUAUUUUUGAAUUCAAGAGACGCUUUGUGGCAAUUACUUGGAGAGUAAGGCUGUGUUUUAUUAUCUUUCAUUUAUUCAUUUAGUAUUUAUAACAACAUACCUCUGGGAGAACUUCCUUUGUGUGUGGUGUUUAGUUGUUUGUUCUCACUAAAAUUUCAAAAUGCCAUUUUCUAUUACAAUAUUGAAGAGGGUUGGGGUGAAAUUUCACGUCAUUAGUUGGGCUAAAAAACUCUUCAUGUAAUUAAACCUUUAACCAUUGAGUCUUCGUUUGCACUUCGUUUGGUAAAUUUCAGCAUUGAAAAAAGUCAAACAAAUAAAAUUUACUGCACUAGUUGCUAUGACAACACCCUAUACAAGUUAGAAAGCACAAUAAUGCAACACAAACUUACUUAUCUUUAAACUCUUUAGUGUGAUUUGAUUCUUCAGACAAAA